ACCCAGUGAGCAGCCCGUCUCGUGUCCCUCAGUAAACAGACUGGAGGUCUUCUGUCACCCGCAGAAAUGUUCAAGAAAGAGAAACUAAAAGCUUUGGUCAAUGAGAGACUUAAAGCCGCCGCUGAGGAAAUAUUCAGCAUGUUUGAAACAACUCUUAAAGACUACGAGGAGAUCGUUUUCCGAUCAAAGCAGGAGAUCGACCAACACCGAAGAAGGCUGGCUGCACGGAAAGCCCCCCUGCAGCCCUCUGUCCAGGAAGAGGACGCUCCCUCUGAGCAGGAUCACUGUGAGAGGAAGACAGACCCGAGUGAGGAUGACCAGGAGCCCCCGCAGAUUAAAGAAGAGCUGGAGGACGAAGUGUGGACCGCUCAGGCAGGUGAAAAGCAGCAGAAGGAAGCUGACACCAAAGACUCAAUGUUCAAUAUAGUUUAUGUGCAAAGGAAUGAUGAAGAUGGAAGACAGGAUCCACAUCACGACCAAGAAGUGGAAAACAAAGGAGACUGUUUGCCCAGCGGCAGCUCAUGUGGACAGUUUCAAUCAGAACCUGAUAAAGAAGACGGCGAUGCUUCGAGCAGUGACGCUGACAUGAGUGAAGUUAGUGACGAUGAAUGGAGAGACGCUGGAGGGGUUUACUCGGGUGUAAACAGGAAGCAACCACAGCAUGAGACAGCAGAGAGGCCGUACACCUGCAGCAUUUGCAACAAGAAUUUCAGGAUUAAAUCGAUUCUGACUCGCCACAUGAAGACGCACACGGGAGAGAAACCUUACCGCUGCGGUGUUUGUGGUAAAAGCUUCAUCCAGCGCUCCUACCUGCAGACUCACAUGAACUCUCACUCCGGACAGAAGCCGCACACGUGCAGUUUCUGUGGCAGAGGGUUCACACAAGUUGGAAACAUGAACGCUCACAUACGGAUCCACACGGGAGAGAAACCUCACAGCUGUACUGACUGUGGUAAAAGUUUUAGAGAGAAAGCGGAUCUCAUCAAGCACACGAUAAUUCACACUGGCGAGAAACCUUACAUUUGCACUGUGUGUCAUAUGAAAUUCAGCGCUCAGUCUAAUUUAACGCGCCACAUGAAGACUCAUUCGGGGGAGAGGCCGUAUAGUUGCACCGAUUGUGGGAAAAGAUUCAUUCGGCGCUCUCAUUUAAUUAUUCAUAUGAAGACCCACGCAGGAGAUAAUCUCUAGACUGUGUGUGUCUUUUGUAUUUUUUUGUGUGUGUGCAAGGACUCACAUUCGAGGAGUAAAAUGUCCCAUUGUAUCCAUGUUGUUGCGAUAUAGUUUUGUACUGCCGAAUAAAGUGCUCAGCAAGUUGUAAUACUAAA